AUGUGGCGAACCAGUAGAAAUUUUGCUAAAUGUAUUAGAUUGGACUCGACCGAAUUCCAUUUUGGUCCAUUCAACCAAUUUGUUCAGAGAAGAUGGGGGAAACCUGCAAAUACUGCACAGACCCGCCUGGAGGAUAGAACGAGGGACUCUAAGCUUGAUAGGAUAUCUGCUAACCUUAGGAGACUCAGAAUCAUCCUCAAUCUCCAUGAGCUGAUAUCGAAUCGAAAGCGUGGGCCUUUUGUUUCUGUUCAACUGAUGUCAAGGUGGAGAAACAUUGUGGGGUUGAAUGUAGGUGUAGGUGAGUUCAUUCAGAAGUAUCCUCACAUAUUCGAGGUUUUCAUACACCCUAUUCGGAGGAAUAUGUGUUGUAGAGUUACGUCGAAAUGGGAGGACUUGAUGGCUGAAGAGGCCGGGGCUAUCAGAGAGAGUGAAUCGAAGGAAGCCCUCUGGAGAUUGAAGAAGCUGUUGAUGAUGUCCAAGAAUGGAACUCUCCAUGUUCAUGCUUUGAGAAUGAUUAGGAAGGAACUGGGUUUGCCAGAAGAUUUCCGGGACUCGAUAUUGAAUGAGUAUAAAAGUGAUUUUGAGCUGGUUGAUCUGGAAACAGUGAAAUUGGUUAGUAGCAAAGAUGAUGAGAGAUUGGGUGUGGCAGAGAUCGAGAAAUGGAGGGAGAAAGAGUACAAAGAUAAAUGGCUGAGUGAGCUCGAGACGAAGUAUGCAUUUCCUAUUCAGUAUCCCACAGGGUUCAAGAUAAAGGGAGGGGUUAGAGAGAAGAUGAGGAAUUGGCAGAGGCUUCCUUACUUAAAGGCUUACGAACAAGACAAUGCAGGUGGCUUCAGCAGAAGUAGUAAUGUGGUGGAGCGAUAUGAAAAACGUGCUGUUGCGAUGAUACACGAAUUGUUGAGUCUGACGGUGGAGAAGAUGGUCGAUGUUCAGAGAUUAUCACAUUUCAAGAAGGAUUUUGGUAUGGAAGUGAAUGUGCGUGAGUUGCUGUUGAGCCACCCUGGAAUUUUCUAUAUAUCAACCAGGGGGAAGACUCAAGUUGUUUUCCUUAGGGAAGCAUAUGCAAAGGGGUGCCUGAUUGAGCCAAACCCAAUUCAUGUUGUUCGGAAGAAGAUGUUGGACCUUAUAUUGGGUAAUGGACAAAUGGUGAAGCUGGCCACCAUUGGCGGCAGCAGAGCAUUGCAUGACACUAUGAAACAGCUCUAUACCAGAUUUCGCGUCAAGGAACUAGAGAACGUGAUCGAUAAUGUUGUAUGGAAGAUCGCUCAACCUGUUGAUUUGUUCUUCCACAUCAUGCCUCCUAAUUUGGGUUUCUUCUUGUCCCUCUUAGAGUUCCCUGCCAUAUCCUCUUCCUCCUUACCACGAAACACAUUGUCGCUGCAGAACAACAGUGUCACUUGUGACUCUGUUUCAGCAACCACAUCAACCACCAAACCAAUCUUUCCGAUGGAGUUCACGGCGGCGCAGCUGAGUCAGUUCGACGGCAGCGACCCAUCGAAGCCCAUCUACGUGGCGAUCAAGGGCCGGGUGUUCGACGUCAGCUCCGGCAAUUCCUUCUACGGUCCGGGGGGAUCCUACGCCAUGUUCGCGGGGAAGGACGCAAGCAGAGCUCUGGCGAAGAUGAGCAAGAACGACGAAGACGUCAUCCCUUCGCUCGACGGCCUCUCCGACAAGGAGAUCGGCGUGCUCGCCGAUUGGGAGAAGAAGUUCGAGGCCAAGUACCCUGUUGUCGGCCGCGUCGUCUCUUAA